UUUUUUGUGAUUGAAAUAGUAUUUACUGUUUAUAAGUUUUUCCAUAAUGCAUUGUAUGUGCUUAGUUCACCGAUUCUGUUCAGAGUGUUUACAAAUAUUUUCGCGUAUCCGCAGCGAAUUUUGAUUACAAUAUACCACACAACAAGGUGAAAAGUUUCUAUUAUGUGAUUUUAAUAAUAAAUGCAAGCAAUAUAACAGAAAAGAAUUUAACAAAAACUAAAUUUUUUGAAAAAAUUGAACUAUUGUUUCCUCUCUGUUAGUAAUAAACUAAUUGAAUUCUUAACAACAUUAAUGAUGGCUUUGACUACAAAAUAUAUAAGAGGCCCAAAGAAUGAAGACGAAGAGUUUGGCAUGGGAUAUCAGAACACUUUGAUGUAUGGCAGAUAUACAAAAGAUCUUGGAGAAUAUGCAAAAGAAGAAGCACGCAAAUUGAGGUUAUUAGAACGACGAAGGAAAAAAGAUGACAAGGAUCGAAAUAAAGAAUUAUUAGGAGACAGGAGUCCAUGUAUGUCCAGAACUUUAGAUGUGCUCGGUUUCAUAUGGAGACACACGUGUGCUCGACUUGGAGAAGAUUGGGUGUUUCUCGCCUUGCUGGGAGUUAUCAUGGCUCUACUAUCAUUCGCUAUGGAUCGGGGAAUUUCUAUGUGCAACAAUGCCCGGAUUUGGCUAUACAGAGAUUUAAGUUCCCAUCCAGUUAUGCAGUACAUGGCAUGGGUUUCUUUACCCGUAUGCCUCAUAUUAUUCUCAGCCGGUUUUGUUCAUCUUGUCGCACCACAAAGUAUAGGUUCCGGCAUUCCUGAGAUGAAAACGAUUUUGAGAGGUGUUACAUUGAAAGAGUAUCUAACAUUUCGAACAUUAAUAGCUAAGGUGGUAGGACUGACUGCCACACUAGGUAGUGGUAUGCCUUUGGGCAAAGAAGGUCCAUUUGUACAUAUAGCAAGCAUAGUGGCGCAGUUGUUGAGCAAACUGGUCACUUCCUUCCAAGGAAUCUACGAAAAUGAAUCGCGAAACUCUGAGAUGUUGGCAGCAGCUUGCGCUGUGGGUGUCGCAGCAUGUUUUGCAGCACCAAUUGGAGGUGUACUUAUGAGCAUCGAAGUAACAACAGUUUACUUUGCUGUGCGUAACUAUUGGCGUGGUUUCUUUGCUGCUGUUUGCGGCGCAACUGUAUUUCGAUUACUUGCAGUAUGGUUUCAGAAAGUUGACACAGUAACAGCAGUUUUUCGUACCAACUUCACAAUGGAUUACCCAUUUGAUCCUCAGGAGCUCUUCGUAUUUGCUCUUAUCGGAGCAGUUUCCGGAUUAGGAGGCGCAUUUUAUGUAUGGUUACAUAGACAGUAUGUUUUAUUUAUGCGUUCAAACAAAGAGCUAAACAAGUUUCUUCAAAAAAACCGUUUUCUUUACCCCGGCAUUGUUUCGCUGCUGGUUGCAUCAGUGUCUUUUCCUCUCGGAUUUGGGCAGUUUAUGGCAGGCGACUUAAAUACCCAUGAUCAGGUUGCUGGCUUAUUUACAAAUUUUACAUGGACAAAGGGCAACCUUAGUGUGCAAGAAGCAGAAGUUGUUAAGCAUUGGAUAACACCAUAUUCAGAUGUAUUCAUUAGCCUAUCUGGAUUCUUAUUAUUUACGUUCAUAUUUUCAAUAAUUUCAAGUACCAUACCGGUACCAAGUGGAAGCUUUAUUCCAGUUUUCAAAAUUGGUGCAGCUUUUGGGCGCAUGGUAGGCGAAUUAAUGCACUUAUGGUUCCCGACCGGAAUUCGAUACGGCGGGCAACAGGCACUCAUAAUACCUGGUGGUUACGCAACCGUUGGUGCUGCUGCCUUUUCUGGCGCAGUUACUCAUACAAUAUCCGUAAGUGUAAUAACCUUUGAGAUGACUGGACAAAUAACUCAUAUUAUACCUAUGAUGAUAGCAGUAUUAGUAUCAAAUGCUGUUGCUGCCUUGCUACAGCCUUCAAUAUACGAUAGCAUUAUACUUAUUAAACGAUUGCCUUAUUUACCUGAUUUGUUGCCAUCUAGUUCCGGCAUGUAUAAUAUCUGCGUUGAGGAUUUCAUGGUCAGAGAUGUAAAGUAUAUCUGGCAUGGAAUCUCCUACCUAACUUUGAAAGAUACCUUAAAACAGAAUCGUCAUCUUAGAAGCUUUCCUCUAGUUGACAAUCCUGAAAGCAUGAUACUUCUUGGAUCGGUGCAACGAUUAGAAUUAAUUAAGUUAAUAGAUAAGCAAAUAGGACGCGAUAAAAGACUGCAAGUUGCCGCCAAAUGGCAAAAAGAAGCACAAGAAAGGGCCCGUGAAGAAUUAGAACGCCAACAUCGUAUGAGGCGUUCGUCGCGAUUCGAAGUGUUACCCGCACCAGAUAUACUUACAUUGCGGCGGAUAGCAAAUAGCGAAUUACCAAUUUCAGUUUUAAGUAGCGGUGGAGUUCAACAUCCACGAAAAUCUAUUCUAAAGAAAACAAAUUCUUUCACAUUGAAAGGAUUUUCACCACUUAUGAGUGUUAGUCCAUCUUCCACACCUUACACUACAAUCACCGGCGCGGAGAGCAGAGUUCGACUGGCAUUUGAUGCAAUAUUUCGCAAAUCUGCGACUUUGCAGGAUGUGGCACCUCCUGGGACUCCGGGAGCAGACGAUGCUCCUCCUGUUGCGCAUUCGAGCUCCGUGUCGAAAAAAGUUCAGCUGCCACGAGAACGUGUUUGCGACAUGUCACCUGAAGACCAAAAGCAGUGGGAACAAGAGGAAAUGUCUAAAUCUGUGGAUUUUGAUGCAUGUCAUGUUGACCCAGCUCCUUUUCAACUUGUAGAACGCACCUCUCUAUUGAAAGUACAUUCGCUAUUCAGCAUGGUAGGAGUAAAUCAUGCUUAUGUGACAACCAUCGGAAAAUUGAUCGGCGUAGUUGCACUCAAAGAGUUGCGUAAAGCUAUUGAAGAUGCCAACAGUGGUAACCUACCUUCUUCCCAAGCACCAAGUGUACCAGCAAAAUCGACUGAUUGUGAGGCUUUAAAAAGUGCUGAUACACCGCUCUUGGUCAAUUCACAUAGUCAAGACCACCAUAAUCAAAACACCGUAACCAGUAUGGAUUCAGCACUUUCUUCCUGCGAAAAUUGUUCCGACAUCGAAAUGGAUGCGUACAAUGUGGGAGUGUUCAAUAAAAGCUCACGUGUUUAAUAAUAUAGGUGUAAUAAUAAAUAGAGUGAUAUUUUUUAA